AUGCAAGCAGAAUUCAAUCCAUUUAAUGCACGACAAAGGAAGCAUGGAGAGAUGAUGAUUAGGCAAUUAGAAGAUGAUGAUGAUGGUGAUGAUGAUGGUGAUGAUAAGGAUGAUGAGGAUGUCAGUACUAAAAAACAUAUAUUACCACCGAAGGUUACAAAAAAGAAAAAGAUUCAAAGCACCAGUACUGUAAAACAAUUGACUACAAGUUGUGGAAAGCAGAAGAAAUCUGCAACAUUAGGGAUAUAUUUCAUGCUGAGAACAACUCCUGGUGCUCAAAAGUCUCUUCAGAAUUGUUGGCAAAGGAAGAAAACAGUUGAAUGGUGUGAUCUUGCUUUAGCGAAGUGGAUGAUUGAUGCAUGUGUGUCAUUUAAUGCUGUUAAUUCUGUGUAUUAUCAGCAUGCCAUAGAUGUUGUAACAGCCAUGGGUCCUGGUAAUAAAGGACCAAACUUGCAUGCUAUUCAUGGUUAUUACUUGGCAAAAGCGAUUGAUGAAGUCAAGAUUUAUGUUGAGACUUAUCGAGACAUUUGGAAGAAGAUUGGUUGCACUUUAAUGGCUGAUGGAUGGACAGAUCAGAAGAGGAGGAAUUUAAUUAACUUCUUAGUAUAUUGUCCUAAAGGAACAGUUUUUUUGAAAACCGUGGAUGUAUCAGAUGUCUCAAAGACUGCUAGAUUGUUGUAUCAGUUGUUUAGAGAGGUUGUUUUGUUUGUUGGGGUAGAAAACAUUGUGCAUAUGGUGACUGAUAAUGCUACAAAUUAUAUUGUUGCUGGCAAGUUAUUGAUUGAAGAAUUUCCUUCAAUAUUUUGGUCUCCUUGUGCUGCUCAUUGCAUCAACCUCAUACUCCAGGACAUUGAAAUACUUCGUCCAGCUCCUACUCAUUUUGCUACCAAUUUCAUUGCAUUGCAAAGCAUUUUAGCUCAUAAAGAUGAGUUGAGAGCUAUGGUGACAUCUAGAGAAUGGAUCUCAUCUGCUUAUGUUAAAGAUAGCAAAGGAAAAAAGUUUGUUGAGAGUGUGCUAGACUCUCUGUUUUGGGAAGAAUGUGCAAUAAUUGUGCGAAUGAGUGAGCCUUUAAUUCGAGUUCUACGAAUGGUUGAUGGUGAUGAUAGACUUUCGAUGAGAUAUUUGUAUGAUGCUAUUCAUCAUGCAAAAGAAGAAAUGGUUAGGAGAUUUCAAAAGAGAAAGGCUAGAGUGAAACCUUUCAUAGACAUUAUCAAUAAUCGGUGGGAUGGACAAUUUUAUAGAAAUCUUUAUGCAGCGGUAUUUUGGUUGAAUCCUCAAUUUCAAUAUGAUGCAAAUAUAAUGGAUAAACAUAUGAGCACUAUUUCUGGACUUCUAGAUGUUCUUGAGAAGUAUGCACAUGGAAAUCUACCAUUGCAAAAUGAUUGUGACGAGGAAGUUUCAAAGGAGCAUGCUGAUGAUUUAUUAGGUGUUGAUGAGAUUGGCUUAAUUCCAUCGACAUUUGAUCCAAAUUUUGCUCCUAUGGACACAGAAGAAGUUAAUGUGUUCAUUCAACAAAAGUGA